GUGUCGUGUGCAGUGUGUGUGCGCGUGCGUAGUAAGCAGUCUUACUCAAGGAGUGCUCUGCAAUAUUGGAAGACGAAAAAAAAAAAUAUAUAUAUGCUCUUCCGAGACGAGGAUCUCACCUAAACACCGAUCUGGGCAAAACUAGAUCUCUGUCAUUCGUACUCAGUAAGCCGCCUGAAGACUGAAUUGAAUACAUUUCAGUGUUUACGUUUUGGGGCUCUGUAGAAGUGGAGUAACGUGUCCAAAUCAAUACAAGUACAGUGACAAUAUGCAACGAAGUACCGCAUUUUCUUUCAGCACCCAGUCAAAACAUCAUGAUGAGUGAGGACGUGGUUUCAGCUGAAUUAAAACUGGAAUCGUAAAGGAAUCUAAAAAAGACGGAACAGAUUCGAUUUAAGUCAGAACUGAAACCAACAAACUGAGUGGAUGGGAUCCUCUGGAGAGCCGUGGCCUGCAACACAGUGACCAACAUGGAGACACCAACGUGCCCCGCUCCCCACCAGAAUGGUGAUGUCAGCAGGAUCCCCCAUGGCUCUAAGGAGGUCCAGCCAGGACUGUUACUGUACCUUUACCACAGCCAGGCCGAGGCCGAGGGAGAGACAAUCGUCUUUAACCUGGGAGACUAUGUGGCCGAAGAGAUCUGCAUAGAGGCAGCCAAAGCUUGCGGUAUCACCCCAGUAUACCUGAACAUGUUUGGCGUCAUGCGAGAGAGCGACCGGACUUGGUACCCACCCAAUCACAUCUUCCAUUUGGACGAUUCAUCCAGUGAGGUUGUGCUCUUUCGAAUCAGGUAUUAUUUUCCCAACUGGUACAGCAGUGGAGGCUGCAGGGCUUAUCGUUACGGUGUCUCCCGGGGUGCAGAGUCUCCUGUCUUCGAUGACUCUGUAAUGUGUUACCUUUUUGCCCAGUGGCGAGAUGACUUUUUGAAUGAGUGGGUCAAGUUAACAAUUACCCAUGAGACCCAGGAAGAGUGCCUUGGAAUGGCUGUGCUGGACAUGAUGAGAAUAGCCAAGGAGAGGGACCAGUCCCCAUUGGCUGUCUUUAGUACUAUCAGCUACAAGUCCUUCUUGCCCAAGAGUGUGCGGGCGAAGAUCCAGGACUACCACUUUGUGACACGCAAGCGAAUCCGCCAUCGCUUCCGCAGGUUCAUCCAGCAGUUCAGCCAGUGCAAGGCCACCGCCCGCGAUCUCAAACUGAAGUACCUCAUCAACCUGGAGAUGCUGCAAUCAGCCUUCUAUUGCGAGUGCUUCGAGGUGAGAGAGCCCAGCGUCGGGCCCGCUGGGGAGGAGACGUUCACCAUCGUCAUCACGGGCAGUGGCGGCAUCCAGUGGUCCAGAGGGAAGCACAAGGACAGCAACUCCUUGUCAGACCAGGAGUUGCAGACGUACUGUGAUUUUCCAGAUGUUAUCGAUGUAGGCAUCAAACAGGCAAACAAAGAUGGUCCCACGGAAAGUCGAAUAGUCACCAUAAACAAACAAGAUGGCAACAGUCUAGAGGUGGAAUUUUCCUCGCUACAAGAGGCGCUGUCCUUUGUAUCGCUGAUCGAUGGUUAUUACCGCCUAACAGCAGAUGCACAUCACUACCUCUGUAAAGAGGUGGCACCACCCCGAUUACAGGAGGCGAUCCAGAGCUACUGCCACGGCCCCAUUUUGAUGGAGCAUGCCACCAACCAAUUGAGAAGAGCCGGCAACCAGAGAGGACUUUACAUUCUCCGGUGCAGCCCAAAGGAUUUUAACAAGUACUUCCUUUCCUUUGCAGUAGGGCAUGACAAUGGGACGAAUUACAAACACUGCUUGAUCACAAAGACUGAGACCGGUGAAUACAAUCUGAAUGGUGCCAAGAAGACCUUUGGAAGCCUCAAGGAGUUGCUUAACUGCUACCAGAAGGAGACGGUCCGUUCUGAUGGCUUUAUCUUCCAGUUUCUCAAGUGCUGUCCGCCCAAGGCCAAAGACAAAUCAAAUCUGGUGGUCUUUCGAAGCAACAAAGGCUCCGAAAUGCCCAUGUCUCCAGUACUGCAGAGACAUAAUGUCAGCCAGAUGGUGUUUCACAAGAUCAAGAAAGAAGACCUGGAAUUUCAUGAAAGCCUUGGUCAAGGAACCUUUACAAAGAUUUUUAGAGGAAUAAGGAAAGAGCUCGGAGACUAUGGCGAGAUGCAUGAGACAGAGGUUGUUGUGAAGGUUCUGGAUAAAGCACACAGGAAUUACUCCGAGUCCUUCUUUGAAGCUGCUAGCAUGAUGAGCCAGCUCUCCUACAAGCACCUGGUAUUGAACUAUGGGGUCUGUGUGUGUGGAGAAGAGAAUAUUAUGGUUCAGGAAUAUGUGAAGUUUGGGUCUCUGGACACAUACCUAAAAAAGAACAAGAGCUGUGUGAAUAUCAUGUGGAAACUGGAGGUGGCAAAGCAGCUGGCUUGGGGUAUGCAUUUCUUGGAAGAUAAAAAUCUUGUUCACGGAAAUGUUUGUGCCAAAAACAUCUUGCUUAUCAGGGAAGAGGACAGGAAAAGUGGCAGCCCUCCUUUUAUAAAGAUCACUGACCCUGGCAUCAGUAUUACAGUCUUGCCGAAAGAGAUUCUUGUUGAGAGAAUUCCCUGGGUACCACCUGAGUGUAUCGAGGAUCCCAAGAACCUGAGCCAAGCCACAGACAAGUGGAGUUUUGGCACCACGCUGUGGGAGAUUUGCAGUGGUGGCGACAAACCCCUCAGUACGCUUGAUUCUUCUAAAAAAAUUCAAUUUUAUGAAGAUGAGCACAAAUUGCCAGCGCCAAAAUGGACAGAACUUGCCAAUCUGAUUAACAGCUGCAUGAAUUACAAGGCAGAGUUCAGGCCCUCUUUUCGUGCCGUCAUCAGGGAUCUCAACAACCUCUUCACCCCUGAUUAUGAGUUGCUUGCUGAAAGUGACAUGUUGCCAAAUCGAGCUCUUGGUGUUGGAUUCACUGGCAUUUUUGAGAACCAGACCCCUGCACAGUUUGAAGAGAGGCAUUUGAUAUUCUUACAGCAGCUUGGCAAGGGCAACUUUGGCAGUGUGGAGAUGUGUCGUUACGAUCCUCUCCAGGACAACACUGGGGAGGUGGUGGCUGUCAAGAAGCUGCAGCACAGCACAGCCGAGCACCUGCGAGACUUCGAGCAGGAGAUCAGGAUCCUCAAGUCACUGCAUCACGACAACAUUGUCAAGUACAAAGGGGUGUGCUACAGUGCAGGACGAAGAAACCUGCGCCUAAUUAUGGAAUACUUGCCCUAUGGUAGCUUACGGGAUUACCUGAACAAAAACAAAGAGAGAAUGGAUCACAUGAAAUUGCUUCUUUAUGCUUCUCAAAUAUGCAAGGGCAUGGAUUACCUGGCGAUGAACAGAUACAUCCAUAGAGACCUGGCAACAAGAAAUAUUCUUGUUGAGACUGAACACAGGGUAAAAAUCGGAGACUUUGGUCUCACGAAAAUGUUGCCAAAAGACUCUGAGUAUUACAAAGUAAAUGAACCAGGAGAAAGCCCAAUAUUCUGGUAUGCUCCUGAGUCUCUGACUGAAAGCAAGUUCUCUGUGGCGUCAGACAUUUGGAGUUUCGGCGUGGUCUUAUACGAGCUGUUCACAUUCAGUGACAAGAACCAAAGUCCACCGGCGGAGUUCAUGCGGAUGAUUGGAAUGGACAAGCAGGGACAAAUGAUUGUGUACCAUUUAAUUGAGAUCCUCAAGUCAAACAGACGGCUUCCCAAACCAGAAGGGUGCCCAGAUUUGAUCUACUCAAUUAUGCUGGAGUGCUGGAACAACAACAAAAGCCUGAGACCAUCCUUUAAGGAUCUAGCCCAGAGAGUAGACGCAUUCAGGGACAACAAGGAAGGAUGAGUGGAGCCAAGUGUACUUCCUUCAAAGCAAAAUCUGUGAAAGAUAAAUUUGCCAGCCUCAGAGGCACAAAACUGGCAAAGCCAGAUUCCAGGCGCAGUAUUGACUGCUCUUUGGCUGGCCUAAAAUACUUCACUUCCACAGAAACUUUACAGAGACCGUCGUUGUUUUUCUAAUUGUAUUGUUUUAUGUUGUAUAUUGGCAUCAGGGCUGGCUUUAGCUCAUUUUGUUGAGGCAAAAAGGGAAAGUAGUGGCUUUUUUAUUAUUUUUUUUUACAGAUAAUAUAUACAAUCAACAAACAAAUUAUUGUUUCAAAAAUAUGUAUUUUUUAAAGUUGUAAGCUCAUUGCACUGCAGAUUAUAUUUUAGCCAUACCUUCAGUAGUGAAAUGUAAGUUGAAAACAUGGUUUAAAUAUAUUGCUUUCUGUCUUGUAAAAUAUAAAUCUCUAAUUUUGUAAUCUUUUUCAUUGUAAUGUAGGUGCUGUUGGAUUAAAAUAUAUAUUACUGC